AUGAAAGCAAGACCAAAAAGAUCUUCGUCGCGGGUUUCACAAGAGAGUGACGAUUCCAGGCUACCCAGUCAAUGUGACUCGAAAUAUUAUCCUGGUAAAACUACCACAGAUGGCACCGUAUAUAAUCCACCAGCUUAUGUAAAAGAAGUUGACCCACAAGGAGAGACGGAGGAUGAACCACAAGGUGAAACAGAAGAGACUCUACAAGGUGAAACAGAAGAGAUUCCAGAUCGACGAAUCAUCUAUCCUUGUUCCCUAUGGAUAAAUACUAAGCCACUUAAUCGACACGCAACAACAUAUGAAUUGGAAAGAUUUGAAAAGAACCUACUAAUAAUAUUCAAUCAAGAAGAGAUUAUAGGCUAUGAGCCCCGAUUAGGGACGGAAAAGGACGUGACUGUAUUAAUAGAGACGUUUUCGAUGUUUGGUUUCGAGCCCGAAGUACAUAAGGAUUACACAAAAAAAAAAUUGUUCGGGGUCUUGGAUAGCUUUAACCAUCGUAAUUUCUCUAAUUAUGGCUGUGUGGCGAUCGUUGUUCUGACCCACGGGACGGUAGAUGGCAGACUGAGGGCGAAGGAUCAGCAUUACACCGAGUUUGAUAUAAUAGAUGCGUUCAAAACUUACGACAAACCAUCAUUAGUUACCAAGCCUAAACUUUUGAUUAUCCAGGCCUGUAGGGGGAAGAAAUCUGUUGUCGGUGUUAAUGUUGGCAACGCCGCUGCUAUACGAAAAGAUGAAGUAUACGACUUCGAACCGUACACGUUGCCCGUGGAGUCAGACAUUUUUGUCUUGCAUAGCUCCUAUAUGGGGAAUCCUUCGCAUAGGGACGAAUUAAACGGAUCGUGGCUAAUACAGACGCUGUGCAAAAAUAUAUGUAAGCUAGCACCGACCCAUGACUUGGAGUAUAUAGCGACUGAGGUGAAGAGGGAAGUCGCAAUCGACAGAUACCACGAAGAAUACAAUACGGCGACAAAGGAAACGGAGACAAACAAACAGAUACCCGUAGUUACUACGACCCUAAUUCGAAAGCUCUAUUUAAGGAAAUUCGGCGAUCCCCCAAUUUCGUGUGCAGAUAACGCAGAUUGCAAAAGCGAAGUGCAAUUAAACUCAUCGACACCACUUAUGAUGGAGUUUGGGCCGUGUCUUUGCUUUUUAGAUUAUUAUAUUUACAUUAGGAAAUACUUACGAUUAUAUCUUGAUGUUAACCCAGGCGACACCACAGCUCAAUCUUUUUGGGACAUAAGUGAAGCUUUCGAAGAGGACUUUGGAUUUAACGCAGCGAAAGGAAAAAUGACUAAAGCUAUUGUUAACCACCUUUUUAAUCACGCUAAGGAUUUCGAAUUUUAUAAAUAUCUUUAUUUUAAAAAAUAG